AUGAAUCAUCUGUACGGCAAUGAAUAUAUCGACAUUUCAAUUGUACUCGAUGCACAUCUUCCCUGUUCGCCUGCAGAAUUCGAGAUAACUCACAGGGUGCAUGAUAAUUUACCUAGAGAACAAGAUCAAAUAACAUUAGAAAAUCUAGCUUACGAACAAAUGCGUGAGAAGAGUGUCUAUUCAAAUUAUUUUCACGAAUUGAUAAUGAAAGAUGAGUAUUUAUUUCAACAAUAUUACCACGAUCAGCUAUUACUGUUUCUUGAAGAAUACAAAGUUCAAUUAUCCGUUGAAUUUGUCCUUGAUCUUUUAAACAAUAAUUCUGUAAAAUCAACUAUCGAACGAAUUAAAUACUAUUUAGUGAAUCAAAGCGAACUGCUGGAAUUAUUACGAAUAUUCGAGCAAGGUGUUUAUGCACUUUCCCGUGCCAGACAGGGAGCACUAUUAACAAUAAUUAACAGUGGAAUAAAAAGAGUGGAGGAUGGCUCCUGUCUUACACUCAAAACGGACAAUUUAUAUCUAUUAGUGUUAAAAGAGGGCUCAUUUUAUCAAAUACCGCCCAACACUAUUGUCAAAAAUGUAAACGAGUUAACAGAGAAAUUUGAGUGCACAUGUGAUACAUUCAUUGAAAAUAGCUUGAUGAAUCUCGUUCAACUGACGGUAUCGUCCGAACUUCUUGAAACGAUAGAAAAUAUUCCCAACAUAUUAAUCAUUUUCAAUCGAAUCAGUCAAGGAAUACUAAACCUCGAACAGUACACAGUGAGUAAUUUAGAAGUAUUGCAACCACUGAUUAGUUUAUUGCAAUGCAUUGAAACACUAUACAAUGAUCCCUUACAAAUAUUCAAAAAUGUCCUCCAGUAUAUGAGAAUAAACGGUUUGCAAGAAUGUCGAUUGAUUCAUCGCAUGAUCGAUCACAUGAAAUCGCUCAACAGUUUCAAAACAAAUUUGACUAAAGAUGUUAUCAGCAAAACGUUGUCGAAACUCGAAGUAGAACUGCUGCUUAACUGGUUAUACGAUAACAGCGACAACUAUUACCAUCUCUUAGAAAUUAUUAAUGACAGCGAUGAUCUAUGGAAAUAUUCAGCAAAAUUAUUUACUUAUCUAGAAACAAAAUUAAAUUUAGUCGCAUGUGUCGAAAAAAGUUGUGGACAAAUUGAAGUGAGCGAUGAGUAUGCUAAGUUAAAUCAAUACCUUCAACAACUGAAUAACAAAUCAAUGAAAAUUGAAAGAAUACUGUCAAAUCGCAUACAUUUGAAGCUAAUAUUCAAUACAGGAAAAGACAAGAUUGAGAAUACUUUGAGCAAGACUUACAACCAAUUUCAACAGAAUUUGAAACAGGUGAAUACAGUUCAUGUGAGAGGAGAGCGUAUAAAGUUGUUUAGUCUACUCUCAUGGUCAAAGUAUUAUGCUCAAAUGUAUGCAUAUGCAUUAAAGAACGAUUCCAAACAGAACAUAAUGAGAGAUAUAGAUCGGCUAUUGUCACAAGACGAUUCAUCAGUCUGUUCAUCGAUUAAAGUUUACAUAGUUAAACAAUUGAUGUACUUUGAAAAUAAGACCUUGGCUGAACUGAAAUGA